AUGUCUAAGGUUUUUUCCAUAACCAAAAAGUUAUCAGUUAAGGCAGGCCUUAACUCAGGCAACCUGAAUAAAGACAUUCAAAGUGAUCCUCAAACUUUGCAGAAUACAAUCCCAAUUGCUUCUAAUAAAGCUGAACCUUUGUCAUCAAAACCCUUUCGUAAUAAUGGUAACGUUAGAACAGAAGAAUCCUCCCUUUAUGCUUCUCCUAUACUUCCUAGAACCCCCACGAUGUCCACUUUUGGUUCCUCCACUUCUUUAAGAAGCCCCAACCCGUCAACCCGUGGGCCCUCGUCGUCUCCUCCAUCAAAGUUGAUAAAACAAUUGUUGAAAAAAUAUAAGAAACUAGAAAUAUCUUUAACCAGAUUUAAUUCUAAAUCAAAUAGCAGAACAAAAACAAAUAUCUUACGUUUAACAUUGUUGCCAUUUUUACGUCAUAGCAAUGAGUUUAAUGAUUUGAGUAAAUACACUGACUCUAAUAUCUGUGGAUCAUUAAAUAAUGUACUUCUUACAGUGUUGAUAAAAUGGUGGGAAGCUCUUUUAUGUGGUUUGCUUGAUAAAGUGCCUCCCUCAACUGCUACAAGUAGUUUAUCUUGCUCUCCGAAUUCUCAGCAAAGCUCUGAGCCUUCCAUGAAAACCAAGCUUCCCAAUAUUCCCGAAUCUCAACAUCAUUUUAUGCCAGCUCCUCACUCCCAAGUUGGUUCAAGCGAUAGAAACGCAUAUUUAGAGGGUAUAUCUCGUAUCAUCGCUCGUCGUGAAUGGUUCGCCUUGCAUAAGAAGUUGGAUAAGGAUUUGAUUCACCAAUUUGAAUAUCUCUUGGAGACAACUUUGGAUUGCUGUGUUUACAAAUUACAAAAUUAUAAGCAAGUACCUUUAUCUUUACUGUCAUUCAUUGGGAAAGUAUUUGCAUAUCUGUUUUUCCAUAUUCCCGAAGUCGCUAAAGCUCUUAUGUUUCUAUUAGGUACUAAAUUGUCGCAGCUUGAUGGAGUUAAGAAGUGCUUCUUAAAAGAGGAAGACGAAGAGGUGCACGAUGAUGAAGAAAGUUGCCAAUCGAAGUCAGAUAUGAUGAAGAAGAUAUUUACUGAAGCAUUCCCUCCACAUUUACACGAAUUCAUUGAUUUCAAAGGUAAUAGGGCGAAUACUCAAUUGACGAGAGGACAAAGUACACUUAUUAAUGCCGUCCCUCCUCCAAAGCAUCCUGUCAGAGGAAUCAAAGAUCCAAAUGGUAUUUGGGUUAAGCGCUGGAAUUCUUAUGAUUCAGAUAUCUUUUGUUCGUUUCUCAGACAUUAUUUGAGCAUUGUAGAGGAUCUUAUCGGUAAAGAGAACAGCUUGGGUUACCAAACGUUAGUAAGGUACUGCCCAGGUUUAAGCAUUGUGACUGCGCAUAUUUUGCAGAAUAUCAAAAAUGUGGUUUACAAUAGACCCAUGCUUUCAUCGCCAAUGAUCCCUGCUAACAUAUCUAUGGAUCCGUCAGGCACAACAAAGGCAUCACCUUUGCCUCCUACUCCAACCAGAGGUAGCAAUGGAAAUGCAAGUCAAAAUGGGGCGACUGCAAAUGAAAACCAGGGCAAUAACAAAUAUUCCUCACUCAUUAAGAUUUUCAAUGUAUUGCGGGACUCAUUAUAUCACUCCAAUACAGUGCUGAGGGAAUUCAUUCAUAUUAUUGAUGGAAUAUUGAUUUCUGAAGCCAAGUCUAUAUCAGUAUAUGAUGUGAACAAAGCGAGCCCUGUUUUCAACUUGGUAUAUGAGUUUGCUAACCAUAUUGAUGGUAAUCCUUUCGGCUAUGAUUUGAAUUGGACAUUUUGGUUAGACUGUAACUACAGAAUGCUUAACUGCACGGAUCACAUCCAGUUAAUGUUGAAAUCAUUAUCUUUUAUUUUUAACUCCUGGGAUUUAAUUCCUGUUGGUUUCAACUUCUCACCGGUACCGAAUAUUAAUGAACCAUAUGACAAUAACGAUGACAGUUAUCCAUGGAUUCUGUUUGCUGAGUACGGUGACAAGUUGAACUUUUCACGUUGGCUCAUCUGCCAAGAGACUUUUGAAAAGUUUUUCAUUCAUUGGCAUCCGAUAGUUAGAUCUUACUACAUUAGAUUUCUUGUAUGGAGAUUGAUCGGAGUUAAUAAUCUGGAAAAUACAGUUCAAAUUGAUUUGAUUUCAGAGUUGAAUUCCGUUUUAACAACCGGUUUUAAUGUUUUAGUUGAGCACUUGGAAUGUUUCGCUCUGACAGGAGCAAGUUACUCUUCCUUGUCUGCAUUGGAUUUCAAAGUUGAUAGUCCUUUAGCUAACCGUCGAUUAAGUGUUAUGGCCAUAAGAGAUGAAUUUUUGGACUUAGAAUGCUUCCAUGACUUGAGAAAGACUCAUCCCUUUGAAAUCUUUGAUGAGGCAGUUUAUACUUGUCUUGCAUUAACUGUCAACCCUUUGGUUAAUGUGAACAAUAGCCUGAAUAGUGUUGAAGCUAGUGCCGGUUCACUGAUUUCUAAGAAUGAACGGUCGAAUGGGUUAGUAAGUUCAUUGGGAAAAUUUUUGAAGGGGUUAACAGUGAAGGAUGAAGAAGAGCUAAGUAGAUCGUCCCAAGAUUAUUUGAGUCAACAUCCACCCAGUUCUUCCACCAAUUCAAGCGGAACCAGAAGCACUAGUUUGGGGAGCAUGGGAAUUGAUUCCAAAUUUGGAUCUUUCUCAACGUUAAUUCUGAGAUCACCCUCUCCUUCUUUAUUUUCUUUCAAUCUGGAUCCUACAUCGUUAUCACUGUUUAGCAGCGAAGAUGACGAUGAAAGCGACAUGGAUAAAGUGUCAUCAAGUUUGGAUGAAAUAUUUGCAUAUGGAGAAGAAGAGUCAUAUGGCGUCACUUGUGGUGAUUCUGUACAUUCAACUCCCAAAAGUAGUCAAUCACGUCGGGAUACUACUCCAGCCUCUCGUGCCUAUUCAUCAAGAAAGACGAUAUUCAAAUCACCACCAGAUGUCAUUAGACCCAUCUACAAGAUUGAUAUUGUCAUUGAUCACGAUUCAUUCAAUGACAAGCUACGGAUAGUAAAUAAUAGUGUUCGUGGUGGCUAUCCAUGGGUAAUCUCGUUAAGAAAUCAAUGUGAGUUACCACCUGAGCCUACCAUUCCUAACAUGUCAAUUUUCAUAACAAAUGACCCAUUCAAUAAGUUUUUGAUCCAAGAAGAAUAUAUGAUAUUUAGCAAUCAGCCUGAUGAUGAUCAAAAUUGCCAAAAAAAGAAAGCAUUCGAGUCCAAGCUAAACAUGAAUGUAAUCAAUAAUUUGGGGAAAUCUUUAUUUGAAUAUCAUAAAGUUGUGGAAGAGUUUAAGUUUUUUUUGAGCAAGAGAGUUGAGUUUGAUCACUUGAAUUCAUUACCAACGUUUGCCUCCAACUCCGCAACCAAUAGAGAUGUUGAUUCGGGUGUGCCUUCAAGUGGCAAUGGAUUUCAAGGAUUUGCAGAUGGAAGUUCGCUUGAUGAAGCAACAUAUUUGAGGAGAAUAAUGCCCAAUUUGUGUAUCGAUACUGAAAUGGGGUUUGCUAAUGCUGGAUAA